UGAGCAACAACCAGCAGCGUUUAGCUGCCAAACAACCCAACGGAUGUGUGGUUUUCUUACCUGUCAGUGAGCACCUGAAGGAGUGGUGUGUAGAUCCAGCUGGUCUGAAUUCAGUCGUGACAGCAGCAGCAGCAGCAGCAGCACCUGAGUCUUGACAUGCUGAUGGAGCAAUAAACCCCACAGAUGGAAACCCAGAGGAAGAGCUCUGGGGAUGACGGUGGUGGAGAGCGAGGCCUGCUCCACACCUGGAAGGGCUACUCUUGCAGCGUCACCCCAGAAAGGCUGCUCCUCCCCCGGCCUGUCCUUCAGGUCGCCCUGGGCAGACGCCAUGGUGUUCUGCUGGUGGAAGGUGGGCAGGUGUACAGUUUUGGGGAGUUGGCGUGGAAGCAGAGUCAGGUGCCCGAGCCGGAGAAACCCACCCUGGAGAGCGCGCUCAGCGGCCAGCGGGUGGUCGCUGUUGCAGCCGGAAGCUUCCACAGCGGGGCGGUGACAGAGGACGGUGGCGUCCACAUGUGGGGGGAUAACGGCGCGGGUCAGUGCGGUUUGUCGGGCCUCAGCACCGUCCCCAACCCGACUCCGGUCGCUCUGGUGGACUCCAACACCAGCCCGCCGCAGACGGUCCCCAUGCUGGAGUUGGCCUGCGGGGAGCAGCACACCCUGGCGCUGUCGGCCCAGCGGGAGGUGUGGGCGUGGGGCAGCGGGAGCCAGCUGGGCCUCAACGCCACGGUCUUUCCUGUGUGGAAGCCACAAAGAGUUGAGCAUUUGGCGGGCAGGUAUGUGUUACAGGUGGCCUGCGGGGCUUCGCACAGCCUGGCUCUGGUGCGCUGCCUGGGCCCUCAGGACGUGCACCGGCCCCCUGUGGACAAGUGCAAACAGUGCAACCAGCUGCUGUACACCAUGACAGACAAAGAGGACCACGUCAUCAUCUCUGACGGUCACUACUGCCCCCUCGGUGUGGAGCUCACCGAGGAUGGGGCCAUGCUGGAGGCCCCUGCUGCCACACAAGGGCUCAAAACAUCCCCGUCCGAGCCAGUCCUCCCCUCCCAGACCUCCACCUCAGAGUCGCUGGCGCCCGCUAAAGGUUCUGACCCCUCCUCUGACCCCACUGAUCGUCAGGACGUGGAGAAAGAGGAGUCGGCCUUGGCUAACGGAGCGCUGCCGGCCUCAGGCUCUGACCCCUCGCCCCAGUCCAAAGGAGUUGUUGCUUUGGGGGUCAAGAGUUCACCCUAUCCAGAUGAGCAGGCUGUCAAAGACUACCUGAAGAAACUGUCAGACAGCACGCAGGCCGAGCAGACGGCCAAGGCGGCGGCUGGAGGUCUGCACUCUCUGCUGCCCUCAGCAGGAGGCCUCAGCUCUUCCACCCCCGGCUCCGCGCUCAACAGCCUGGUGGCCUCCUGCGCUUCGGCGGUGGGCGAGCGGGUCGCCUCCACCUACGAGGCCUUGUCCCUCAAAAAGAUGAUGAACUUCUACCUCCCCUCGGGAGCGGCGAGGUCCGGCGGGCCUGCGGGGCUCACGGGCGUCGUGGGCGACAACACCGCAGAGCGCGUCCGCCAGGAGGACUCCGUGCAGGCCAAGAAGAGCUCCAGCACGGGCGACAUCCGCGAGGAGGAGGCUGAAGGUCUGCGGCGCCGCCUCUCGCUCCCGGGACUCCUCUCACAGGGUAGAUACGCUGCUCACCUCUUAUCCUCCUCCUAUGCCCUGCUGCUGUCCCCGCGGCUGCUGAGGAGAGCCGGCCGUCCGAGGAUGCGUGCGGUCGCCCUCACGCCGCUGGGAGGGGCGGUCCCCGAGGCCCAGGAGGUGUUUCCCACCCUGCAGACGGAGGUGUGGAGCUGGGGCCAAUGCGAGCAUGGACAGCUGGGACAUGGAGACAGUCUGGCCAGACUGCAGCCGCUGUGCAUCAAGAGUCUGAACAAUAAGGAGGUGGUGCGGGUGGCGGCUGGCGCUCAUCAUUCCCUCGCUCUGACCGCUCAGUCUCAGGUGUUCUCAUGGGGAUGUAACAGCUGUGGUCAGCUUGGACACAUGGAGUCGCCCAGCACUGUCCCUCGUCUCGCAAAGCUGUCAGAGGGGAUCCGGGUUUGGGACGUCAGCGCCGGAGAGAGACACACCCUCCUGCUCGCCGACGGAGACUGCAUCCAGCCCAUCAUUUAUUACAGCGGACAGCAGGUGAAAGAGGCGGACGAGAGCCACGGCAAGGAGGAGGAAGGAGGAGAGGAAGAGGAGGAGCAGCGGGCGGGGGGAGGCUACACCCAGCAGCCUGUACUGCUGCCCUUCUGCAUGAACCUGCGUUACGUGAGCAACGUGUUUGCGGGAGGCCAGCGGUGCGUGGCGCUCUCCGACAGGAACGUGAUGGGCUUCAUCGCCAGCCUCCACGAGCUGGCGUCGGCCGAGAGGAAGUUCUACUGCAAGCUGUGCAACAUCAAGACGCAGAUAAUACGCCCCCUGCUGGAGCUGGAGUCUCUGAGUUCGGCCCUCGGCCAGGUGACCCUCGGGCUCCUGCGGACUCUGGCGGGACGAUUCAGCCUCUUGUGUCACCUCACCGGGCAGCACGGCGCCAGCCUCACCGCCAACCUGCGGCGCGGCCGCGACGUCAAGAGCCUGCUCAUCCUGGACCACACCGGCAUCUUCCUCGACUGCUACCACGAGUACUGCAGCGAUGUGGGCAACUUCCAGGUGAUGGGAGGUUUCCAGAGCCUGACCAAACCCUCACUGGAUUUCUUUGGGAAGAGUCCCGAGCUGCUGCAGAAGCUGUCGGAGUGCAGCGAGGAGAACCCCGCCGUGGCCGACCUCCUGGCGGCGCUCUUCUACCUCCCGACUCGCCACGUGCACGAAUACGGCCGGCUGCUGCUCAAACUGGCCACAUGCUUUGAAGUGAGCUCCACUGACUACCAGAGGCUGCAGGACAGCUGCUCCAAGUUCGAAGCGUUGACCGUCCAGCUGAAGAGAAAGAGGAAGGACGCCGACUACACCUUCCAUUUCUGGAAGAGCUUCCCCGGCAAAAUGACGGACUCGCUGAGGAAGCCUCACCGCCGGCUGAUUUGCGAGAGCAGCAACAAAGCUCUGACCCUGCAGAACGCCGGGAGGUUCUCCGUCAACUGGUUCAUCCUUUUCAACGACGCGUUGGUUCACGCACAGUUCUCCACCCAUCACGUGUUCCCUUUGGCUACGCUGUGGGUGGAACCGAUCCCGGAGGAGAACACCGGCCUAUAUGGGUUAAAGGUGAUCACACCGGAGGAGACGUUCACCCUGCUGGCCUCCUCUCCCAUGGAGAAGGCAAAGUGGCUUCGCUCCAUCAACCAGGCGGUGGACCAGGCCCUGAGUGGGGCGGGGCAGGACCCAGCACCAAUCGGCUCGGGGUCGGGGCAAAAGCUGGAGCCUCCCAUCUCCAGGACGGCCUCCUACACCUUUUAUAAGGACGGACGGCUGAAAGAGGCAACGUAUGAAGGACGCUGGCUCGCCGGGAAGCCCAACGGCAGGGGAGUGUUAAAAUGGCCUGAUGGGAGAAUAUACACAGGGACGUUCAAGAACGGGCUGGAAGAUGGCUUUGGUGAAUUAGUGGCUCCCAAUAAGUCGCUCAACAAGAACGAUCACUAUCAAGGUUGCUGGAAAGAUGGCAAGAUGCACGGCCUCGGGACGUACAGGUACGCCAGCGGUGAAGUUUACGAUGGAUCCUUCCAGGACAGCAUGCGGCACGGCCACGGCAUGCUGCGCAGCGGCAAGCUCAACACCUCCUCCCCCAGUGUCUUCAUUGGCCAGUGGCUGCAGGACAAGAAGACCGGCUACGGCGUCUUCGACGAUAUCACGAAAGGGGAGAAGUACAUGGGCAUGUGGCAGGACCACCUGCGGCAGGGCACCGGCGUCGUCGUCACUCAGUUUGGUCUGUACUACGAGGGAGCCUUCAAAGAUAAUAAGAUGAUGGGCACUGGGAUCCUCCUGUCAGAGGACGACACCACGUACGAGGGGGAAUUCUCUGACGACUGGACCCUCAGUGGAAAGGGCGUCCUCACCAUGCCAAACGGCGACUACCUGGAGGGCUCCUUCAGUGGCGAAUGGGGCUCCGGCCUCAAAGUGGCGGGCUCCUACUUCAAACCACACAUGUUCGACACCGACAAAGAGAAGACCCGUGCUGCCGUGAAGCUGGGCCGUCUGUGCGUGUGCGCGGAGGAUAAGUGGCAGGCGGUGUUCGAGGAGUGUUGGAACCAGCUGGGCUGUGAGGCGCCGGGUCGAGGAGAGAACUGGAAGGCCUGGGAGAACAUCGCCGUGGCCCUCACCACCAGCCGACGACACAUCCAGGACAGUCCGGAGAUGUUGUCUCGAAGUCACAGCAGGACCCUGGAGAGUCUGGAGGUCAUCCCACAGCACGAAGGACUGAUCACCAUGGAGAGAUAUCACACCAUCCGCCUAUACCUCAUCAAGGCGUGUGACACCCCCCUCCACCCGCUGGGCCGGCUGGUGGAAACCCUGGUGGCGGUCUACAGGAUGACCUACGUGGGCGUUGGAGCGAACCGUCGGCUGCUUCCUCAGGCUGUCAACGAGAUCAAGUCUUACCUCAGCUGCAUCUUCCAGAUCGUCAGGUUCCUGUUCCCAGACCUGCCAGAAGAGGGCGGUCUAAUUCCAGACCUCCAGGAUGAGAAGGAGCCAGGCUCGAGUGAUGCCCCGCUGGAGUCACCAAAACCUGUCCGUGUGGUGAGCAGCUUGGCUCUGCUGCUUCCCGUCCUGCUGCCCCGCCUCUACCCGCCGCUCUUCACCCUCUACGCUCUGGACAAGGAGCGGGAGGACGACGUCUACUGGGAGUGCGUCCUCCGCCUCAACAAGCAGCCCGACCUGGCCCUGCUCGCCUUCCUGGGCGUCCAGCAAAAGUUUUGGCCCGUUUCCGUUCCCGUCUCCAUGCCUGCGCUGGGGGAGAAGCAGCAGGUCCUUUCCAGCACCAAGGACGCCUGCUUCGCCUCUGCAGUGGAGACACUACAGCAGAUCAGCACGACGUUCACCCCGUCAGACAAGCUGCAGGUGAUCCAGCUCACCUUUGAGGAGAUCACUCAGGAGGUUCAGUCGCUGCUCAAGCAGGACUUCCUGUGGUCGAUGGACGACCUUUUCCCCGUCUUCCUCUACGUGGUGCUGCGUGCACGAAUCAGGAACUUGGGGUCAGAGGUCAGCCUGAUCGAAGACCUGAUGGACCCCUGCGUUCAGCACGGAGAGCAUGGCAUCAUGUUCACCACACUCAAGGCUUGCUACUACCAGAUCCAGCAUGAGAAGAUCACUUAAGAGGAGCGAUCUGCAUGCUGCCGCCCCACCCACCACCACAGCCAAUCACAGGGCCGGGAUCAGCCAGGCUUCAGGGUGAUGUGUGCAGCGACCAAUGGGAAGCAGAAGCAAGAGGAUCAUAUGAACAGGUUGCCGGCAGCUCCAUCUGCUGCUGCUGUGGAGACGGGACCACCUCCCCCUCUCUGACACACACACACACACACACACACACACACACACGCACACACACACAGGUCAUGAAGGCCCACAUGUGAAUAUUGUUGGUGUUAUCCUGCCAGAGAUGAGCCGCUUCAUACCGUCCAGUGUGAGACAACAGUCAGACUGACUGACGUGACUUCCUGUGGGAAGCGCCAUACGAGUGUUUUUUAUUUAGUGCCAACGGGAGCGAUUCGUUCUCUGGUUUCUCUGCUCGCAGGCAGCGCACUGUGAGAUACCGGACCUGGUUUUUUCCUUCAGAAGAAUCCAGAAUGAGACGAUCCAUCACACGGUCCAGACUUUCCUUUUUAGCCUUCAGUGUUCGGGAUCGUUUCUUGUUGUUCGCCUGAUGCUGACAUGAAGAGAACUGACAUGGCGAGGAAAAAGCCUCCGAACAGCACGUUGCUUUGUGAAACUGACAGACUUUCUAUUUCGUGUCUUGAUCAUCUGAGACGGCAGCAUGACAGCUGGUGUCUUUAACCCAAAAACACGCUUUAGGUGAGAUUUGAGCUUUAUCAGGAGUGUUUUGAGAGAAAAAAAUGGUUGGUUUGAACAUCUGGCUAACUUUCCCGCCUCCGAUAAAAGACCAGCUCACGUCUGCUUCCCUGAGCUUUUCUGUGGGAGCCAUAGAGGCUAGUUUACAGCUUGCUUCAAUACUGUAAUUAUACACACAAACCAUGUGCAGCAUGCCGUAGGUAAACCUAAACUGACUUCUACUACAACUCUAAAUGAUACUCAUAUCCUCCACUUACACCAGCUGGCAACUGACUACAGGUAAACAUAGUUAGCAGCUAAAUUAGCUGACUCUAACACCAUCUGUGGCGGCCAACCAGCUACUCCAGCUUUCUGUUUUAAGAGGCCGUGCUGCUGGGUGGGAAGUGAAAUCCAGAAACACGAACUCUGACUGUUUCCUGUGAGUCAGCUCGUCACCAGGACUUGUUCCUGCAGCUGAAUACCUGAAACAUGCACACAUGUGUCUGUUGACACACCUGGAUUCUUGACACGUGUUUUCCGGAUGCACACUUGGACUCUUACAGAGGCAGUUUGCCAGCUUUUAACAGAGACUGUGACAAAGGUUAAUGCAGAACCAGGUUGAGAAAAAUGCCUCUUUUAAAGCUUUGCAGAAACACUGAGCAAAGCUUUAGAAAGAAAUGUUUCCUGGCCAAUCUGAGAGCCUCGUGUGUGUUUCUGAGCCCAGUUUUCAGCAUAGUGAACACUGACAGGGUGCUUUCAGGGUCUGCAGAGUCUGACAGGGUUAAGACUGGGUAUCCAAACGCUACUGUUCAGUCAAAAAUAUGCAUCUUUAAAUUUAAUGGUUAAGAUUUCAGAUCCUUUAUGUGUUACAAAGCUUCUGAAACAUUUGAAAACUGACAGAUGCAUCCUCAGAAAGCCGAAAAGUUUUGGAUGUGCAUGUUUUUUUUUGUUUUACAGGACAGCAGGUUUCCUCCUGUUGUGGUUCGCAGUGUUGCGGCCUGCAGCCAUCAGUCUGAAUCGGGGCAGAGAUCUCCUUUAAUCCCACUGACACCCAGUGAAAGGAAAGUUUGCAUUGCAUUGUCGUGGAUGACGCAGUGUUCAUUGCAGAGAGGGAGAGAAGUCAGCAGGUUGUUCAUGAAACUAACCACCACUUCUUCACAGCUCAUCUGUUUUCCUGCUGCAGGUUCGCCCACUUAACGCAAACGCCGUUUUUAUAGACGUGACGCUCGAAGCUGAUUCUCGGCGCCAUCUGUUAAUGCUAACUGUUCUUUUUUUAAAACAGUUCACAGCACAAACUGUCAGACAUUGUUGCUUAUUUGAGAUUUGCGUCACACACGUCAGUCUAUAAAAGGGCUUAAGAGGGGAUUCAGAGGAUGACCGAGCCUUUUCUUUUAAAUAUCAUGGCUUUUGUUUCCUCCGAUGGUUAAACAGUGGAAAAGCCAGUGGAUCAGAGGCCUGUUUUUGGAGAGAGUAAUUUUGGGGAAGCUGCUGUGUUUCCCUGCAGGAUUUUGAAAACCCUGCAACAGAAAAUUAGAUCCAGAAUUUAAAGCUGUUGUUCAGCUGCAUGUACGGUUGAGGCUGGAGGUUGGAUGCAUGCAGUGACGACGCUUUUGCAAAUGAAAACAAUCAGGAUCGAAAUAAUACCUUAAACUGUUAAAAAAACAUACUCUCUCAGUGUAUCACCAUUUUCAAUUUGGCCUCUCUCGUACUUUAGUGACUUUAAAACGAUUGUUAACGCUCUUCUCUCCCUGGUCAUGACCAUAUGUGCCUGAUGAAGCAGGGUCGUCUUCGUAACUGACCGGUUCGUUCCCUGAAGGACACACUUUCCACGUUAUCUUGUCAACCUGAGACUGUUACAGUUGGCUUCCUGUUUCUGUCCUCUUUGUCUACAUGUGAUCUGUGAUUGUGUCGCAUCACUAAAACUCUCCUCAACCUGACGGCCGACGCAGCCGCUCAGACAAAGAUAUUUUCAGUUUCAGUAUUUUCACACAGCUGACCUGUGCACCAAACUACAGAGGCAGGACGUGACAUUUGUUGUAAUGGUUGUACAUGAAGUGCUAGCUUGAAUCCAGCCUGAAUGGUUCCAAAUAUAAACUGAAGAUAAUGUUCGUAAGCUCAUGUCGGGUUCGAUUUAAACCCUGUGAGAACUGCUAAGUUACUCACUCUUCCUCAACAGCUGUUUACUGUGAGCAGGUCAUGCUGUUGCACUUUGUGUAAAAUGAAUGGUUUUGUCAAUGGAGUUUGGUGUUCAUGGGCUGACAUUUUGUGUUUCAGCUGGCUGACUCCCACCUGUGUGUCUUUUACAUAAUGUCAGAUGUAUUGUACCUUUAAAUAAUAACAGAGGGCAAUAAACUCAUUUGAUGGACGUUGCUAACGAAUCUGCUCCUGCAGUUUAUGAUGUGAGGAUUUGUUGUUGUUUUCUAUCGUGUGUUGAUUGAGUUUGAUUGAAUGUAAAGUCUUCUCAGAGGAAAACUGACGAAGAAGAAAAAAAUGGCAAAUUCACACUGAAAGAAGAGCUGAAAGAAUCCAGAUUUUAAUGCUAAAUUUUAAUCGUUUUGGCGUUAAAAUCAGUGCUCUGUCUUCGCAUUCUCACCUGCAGGACAUUUCUUUACCUGAUUUGGAUGGUACCCACUGAAGAUGAAAACAUAAACGAUCCUUUGUGACAGAGCUAAAUGUUCAGAUUUGUAUAAAGACUUAAAUUAAACUUUAAUUUAUCAACCAGUGGCAAAAGAAAAAAAAAGCCUGAUUGGAAGUUAAAGGUCAAGAAUAAAACUUUUAAUAGUUUAACCAGCAGUACCGUUCAUGUAAUCAGGUGGAUGUUUGACCUCUUUGCUACAUUUUGUCAGUUUGCAGUGACAUUUAAAGUGGGUUUAUAGAAAUAACUGAAGUCCAAUGCAGGUGAGUGGCUCCUCACUUUUAACUGAUAAUGUUUCUUUUCACUGAGCUCUUCACGUCAGUGUGUUAAAACCACUAAAUGUCAUUUCUGCAGGUCUCUGAAUCAAAACAAUGAAAACCAAAGAUGCAGUUCGGUGACGUCGUGAAGCGGCAGCGUGGGAUCAUGGGAGUUUUCUGACUGAGACUGAAGCUUUCAGGGAGGAGAGUCUUCCACGCAGCUCCUCCUGCGUGCUGCUGAAAGCUGAAAGAGUUAAGAAGAUUUGGAGGCUCCGAGGCAACCGACCAGCCAGCCGGCGAGGGAGGAACCGGCUUCCGGUGGCCAGAGGCAGGCGGCUCACUUGCCCGGGAUUAAGUGGGAUCGAGAGAGAUUACAGCCCUCUCUCUCUCUCGUUCCCUGUUGCUCGAUGAAAGCGUAGCGCUGCGUCCAGUCUCCGAGCAACAUUUUCCCAUCGUAUA